GAGUUAAGAGGCACACAAAAACAAAAAUAUAUUCUAAAUCUUAUAAUUUGGUCCCUUCACAGAAGUUCAAUAAAUCUUAUAAUCUUUAAUUUUAUGAAUAAUUUAGUCAUUUUAAAUUAAAUCAAUAUUGAAGAUGAGAGAACGCAUCAAACCCACUGUACCUAAAGUGCAAAGAAAAAACAUAUUAGGUCUAAAGAGAUUAAUUAACUCACAUAUUGUAACUAAAGACUUAUUUAUUCAUCUUUUUAACUUGCACAAAAGAAUCAGCGAAUUACCAAAUUUAGGAGUCUAUAUGGAAAUUUACCUAAAGUUAAGGGACUUAAAUGCAUUUUACCCUGAUCCGGUACCAAUUAUCAGCUGCUGCUAGUAGUCUUCCCCGCCAAGCAAGCAAAUAUAUAUUGGCUAAGCAGAGUCCAAGAUUCCGCCACGCCCGAACGUUCCGUUCAGUCUAGGUUAAUCUUUCCCGGAAAGUUCGCCGCCUCCAAUCAAGUUCACCGGGGAAUAACUAGAGGUGAGAAGCAGCAUCUCUUCUUCUGAAUUUCUUACCAGCUCUUUACGCCGACUCUCGAGUUCUCUUCCUAAAUUUGCGCGGUAAAUACUGGGAAAGUUUCUGAUGGGGUUUCAUGCGAUGAUUGUCUAUGUUUCUUGUUCGAUUUGGCUUUGUCGCUUCUGGGUUUCCUUAGUAUAGCGUUUGGCUGAACGAUUGAUCGAUUCUGUUAGCUAGCUGGGACCAGGGUUUUUCACUUACCUUUCCUCUCUCUUUCCCCUUGUUACUGUUCUUGAGAAUCGGUCACUGAUCGAAGGUUUUGGCGUGUUGGAUGUUAGUUUCUUGGUGGGUUUCUUCGUAAAAAUCGAUGGACAAUCGUUCCUCUUUGUUCAAGUUCUAGGUAGAAUGGUGGUUUCUGUAGGCUAAAUAGAACCGGUGAAGCUUUGCCAGUUUUCCCUUUUGAGUAUUGAAUGUUUGUUGGCAUAGUUUCGGACUGAACGCGGGAUGAUCGAUUUCUGUGUUGCUGAUGAUGAAGGUUUACUGGGUCUCUGUGGUUGUUUCAUUCUGCAUUGUCAAAGCAAAAGAUUAUGAGUGUUUGUUAUAAUAGUUGUGGUUAAGUGCAUAUUUUCCUGCCCCUUUUUACUGUGUUAUUCUGAUAUAUCUUUUGAUGGAUGAUUUGAAUUUCUAGAAAGGAAGGAUCAUCAGAUUUGCUUAGAAUGGGAGGGUCUGCAAUAGAAGAUGAGUGGGAGUUAACCAUGCCAUCUAGUGAGCCUCGAACGAUCGUGUUAGUUGGAAAAACUGGCAAUGGGAAGAGUGCAACAGGAAACACCAUUCUUGGAGAAAGAGUCUUCAAGUCUAGGACUAGUUCGUCUGGUGUUACAAGCAGCUGUGAAUUGCAGACAACUGUCUUGGGACAUGGUCAAAUUGUCAGCGUUAUUGAUACUCCUGGACUUUUUGAUGCUUCCAUUGGAUCUGAUUUUAUUGGCAAAGAAAUAGUCAAAUGCAUCAAUAUGGCAAAAGAUGGAAUUCAUGCAGUCAUCCUUGUAUUGACCGUGAGGAACCGCUUUUCGGAAGAGGAAGGAGCUGCAAUUCGAAGCCUGCAGUCUUUGUUCGGGACAAAGAUAGUCAACUACAUGGUUGUAGUCUUCACUGGUGGAGAUGAUCUCGAGGAAAAUGAUGAAACUUUAGACGAUUACCUGGGUCGUGAUUGCCCUCAGUCUUUGAAGGAAAUCAUGUCACUAUGUAACAAUCGAGUUGUGCUUUUUGAUAACAAGACUAAAGAUGAACUGAAGAGAGUUGAACAGGUUAAGCAGCUGAUGACACUUGUGGACAGUGUCAUAGCACAGAAUGAUGGAAAACCUUACACAGAUGAUAUCUUCAUCGAGAUGCAGAAGGCAAAGAUCCUGCGUGAUAAAAAACAUGAGGUCAAUGCCCAGAACUUGAAUGGUGCCUCUGAUCAGGAACUGGUUAAUCUGACAGCGGAAAUGAACAAGGCAUAUGAUGAACAGCUUAAACGCAUUACUAAAAUGGUCGAGGAAAAGCUGCGGGAGACGACAAGCAGGCUGGAGCAGCAACUGGCAGAGGAGCAAGCUGCACGACUGAGGGCAGAGGAGGUCGCCCAGAUGGCCCAGUUGCAAUCCAACGAUGAAAUCCGCCAGCUCCGGGAGAAUCUAGAGAGAGCUCAGAAGGAAACCGAGGAGCUCCGCAAGAAGGCUGAGAAGGUGUGCACAAUCCUCUGAUGGAACUAAAGAGCAGUACACAUUUGCUCUGUCGGGCUAAUGUGUUGGCAGAUACUCAUUUUGCGUUCAAAGUUGUUGGACUCGGGAUUCGGACUCAGGACUUUGGUUGAGGGCUCAUGAUGUGAUGAUGUCGAGAUUUUAGUUCUGGUGUAUAUAUGACCUUUCAAAUUUCUGGGGCUUACUGGCUUUUGAGUGCUGAGCAGAGAGCUAUGUAUGCAUGUCAUAUAUGCGGUUUGAUGUGGUAUGUGGCAGAUGUUGAUGUACCCAGAUCAAAUCGUCUAUAGAUGAAGUAUAAUUCAUGAAAGUUAAUCUCUAACAUCAUAUUCACUUUCAUGCCGACUGUGAUGACAAGAUAUGAUGAUUCAUCAGCCAAGGUGGAGGUGGCUAGCUUCUAAAGUGAAUGACCACGGUGUAAAAUGAGAUGCCAAUCAGUUCAACGUUCAACUUGCUAGAUCAGCAACAAUUGCGAGAUGUCAAUCCACAAGAGAUUACCUCUAUGACAAAAAAAGAAAGAAAAAAAAAUCCACAAGAGAUUA